GCCUUGCCAUCAUGUUCAAGCUGCCGCUGCUGCUCGUCGCCUGCCUGGCUGCACUGGAGCCGGUCACACUGGCCAUCGUCCCGCCGGGGUACGUCAUCCUACCGGCGCGACAGGGCCGGUCCGCCUGCGGCCUCAGCGGCUACCGCCCAGGCUACGUCUGCUGCUGCUCGCGCCUGUCCGGCACCAGCGGCGCCCUCUACGGCGGCGGCUACGGCGGCUACACCCCCCGAUACCCUCCCCGAUACGCCGGCGGCUACAGCGGCGGCUACGGCGGCUACAGCAGCAGCGUCCACGCGCCGUCCUCCUGCUUCUACACUCGACCGGGAUAUACCCGCGGACUCGCGGCCGGCCUCGGCGGCGGCCACGGCGGCUACGGCGGCUACGGCGGCUACGGCGGCUACGGCGGCUACAGCGGCUACGGCCGCUACGGCGGCCUUGCUUACCCCGGUACCGGCGGCUACUACAGCGGCGUGCACCACUACACGUACUCGCCGUACUCGAGCUUCCGAGGCUGAGAGGUGCCGACGUUCGGACGUACCCAGCGGCACCAUUCAGGCGGCUGAAAAACCGCCGCACCGCUGCGACUAGGAAAAUGUUGCCAGCUUGUAACCUCGACGAAAACACUCAACAUUUACUUUAUUGGCAGACUUUUAGAACAUAAUACACUUCGCUUUGAUUGUAGUAUGGUCAGGCGCAUUAUGGACGGCAUGUGAGAUAACUUUGAUGAUCGAAACAGUAUACAUCGAGUCAGGAGGCAUGUCUGGAAAGACGCUGGCACGACGAACGCACCCAAAAUGUGGGUACAUUGAACUUGUAGUUCACCAAACCAGUUGGAAACCAAAGAUUAGCGGACAUUUAGGCCACUCUUUUCCUGGAUCUAGCCUCCCCUUCCUGGCGUGAGUCUCCAUCGCAGCUGGGCACAUUCAGUUGAAUACAAAUCCAAAGACAGUGAUGAGAGCACUUAUGGUGAACUGUAUGACGCUGAUGCCAACUAAUGCCAGCUGGUUCUUACUACAAGAUAUGCAAUUAA